AUGGAUACUCAGCUAUCCGAAGAAAGAAUCAAGGCAUACCUCGAAGAACUCUUCUGCGACACUAUCGCACCGUGGCAGCUUAGUUCAACGGAUCAAAGGAUUGCAACCCUUGAAGAAAGAGAUGCUCAAACCGAAUCUUCAAUACAAGCGGUAUUAGUACAACUUGGAGAAUUGAUCGCGGCUAAGAUGGCAGCCGAUGAAGCACAAAUCAAACAGAAUGAGAUAGCAGCCUUAAAGGUCCAAGAGGACGAAAAUGAAAGACAGCGAGUUUUAAAAGAAAGGGAACAGGCGGAUGCGAAUCUGGCCCGACAGGUUGAUGAAGCAGAGAAUGCCGAUCCGAAAUUGACGGAACAGAAAAAUAAGAAAGCGGCUAGAUUAAUUCAACAGACAUUGAUAGAGGAAGAAAUAAAUGAAAGACCUAAAACAUCCUCUACUCCGGUUGUCCCUACAACACGAGCCGAAAUGAAAAAGAGAAAACAGGCCGAAAAGGCAGCGGCUAAAAAGGUUCAAUUGUUGAUGGACAAUUGUGCUGAACCAACUGGUGUACUACCAAUCGACUUGGAAUAUUCAGACUCUGAUGAAAUUGAGGAGAAUGUUCAACCGCUGCAAAAAAGAACGCGGAUUCCUCCGAUCAAUGUGAUUCCACUGCGAACAGUUCCUCCAAGUCCUAUUCCUCAACGAACUCCGGUUUCUCAAGAAACUCCUGCUCCACCAACACGGCCUUCACCAGUAACCAACUACUCGGGCACACAAGCAUCUUCCUCCAGACCGGGUUUCGAUCCGUGUAAUCCGGGAAAGGGGAUCAUGUCUGAGUACCUCCGGGAACUUAUGAACAAUAAGGAAAAUAAGAAGAGGGAAUAA